UUUUACUUAAGCGUGUCAAACAACCACAAAAUAAUUGUUAUAAAUAAAAAAUACUGAAUAAAGUUAUUUAAGCAAAUAAUUCACGCUAAAUUGUAAAAUACUGCGUAUUUGUAUUUAUAUUAGGCGAUAUGGCAGAUGUUCUUGAUAUCGAGAAUUCGGAGGAGUUUGAAGUCGAUGAGGAUGGUGAACAGGGAAUCGCACGUUUGAAAGAAAAGGCGCGAAAACGUAAAGGUCGUGGUUUUGGAACUGAAUCUGGCGGCGGCGGUGGCUCUGAAAGAGGCAAUAGGGGAAGAUAUGACAGUCUUGCUCCAGAAGGAGAUGGUAAUACACCUGGACCACAAAGGUCGGUAGAAGGUUGGAUCCUAUUUGUGAGCAAUGUACACGAGGAAGCCCAGGAAGAAGAUAUACAGAACCAGUUCUCAGAGUUUGGAGAAAUCAAAAACAUUCAUUUGAACCUUGACCGGCGCACCGGUUUCCUUAAGGGCUACGCUUUAGUUGAAUAUGAAACAUACAAACAAGCAGCUAGCGCACGUGAGGCUCUUGAUGGAGCUGAUAUUCUCGGACAGGCGAUAUCAGUAGACUGGUGCUUCGUGAAGGGGCCGACUAAAACUCACAAGAAACGACGAUAGUCAAUAUUAUAUUUUAAUUCUUGUUAUGUAUCGCACUUUAAAGUAUCUGAACUUAUUAAAUGUAAAUAGAUUCAGUAUCUUGUUAAUGUUACUAUAUCAAUA